CCCGCUUUGGGGAACACAAAUAAUGAAAGACGCAGAGUGAGAUUCCGUUUGCUUCCUUCAGCUGACGGCGCGCUUCUCAAUCUGACCUCAGCGCCAUUCCUUCCCCUCUCCUCCUUCCAUUGCAGAAUACACGAUCAAGAUGGGUGUGCAGUUCUCUCAGCUCUUCCCUCCGAGCCCGACCUUCACCGAGAGAGAUCUCCCCUCGCUCAAAGACAAGGUGUUCCUCAUCACAGGCGGCACAUCUGGCAUCGGGUUCGAGCUCGCAAAGAUCCUUUACCAUGCCGGCGGCAAGGUUUACAUUACUGGUCGAACAGAGGCAAAGUCCACUCAAGCAAUCCAAGCAAUUCGCGACUCCGCUCCGCCCCCACAGGCAGCACACGGGCCCGGUCAAAUUGACUUCAUAAUCCUCAAUCUUGACGAUCUAGCGAGCAUCAAGCUCUCUACGGACGCAUUUAAAGAGAAGGAGUCUCGCAUUGAUGUUCUCUGGAAUAACGCGGGUGUUUCCCAGCCUCCACUAGGCAGCAUCUCGAAUCAAGGGUAUGAGCUGCAGCUCGCGACGAACUGUUAUGGCCCGUUCCUUUUCACGCAGCUCCUCCUCCCGCUCCUCAAAGCAGGCGCCUCCUCAGCACCAGAACCAGGCUCGGUGCGUGUCGUCUGGCUGAGCAGUCAAGUUGCUGAACUCUCCUCCCCGCCCGAAGGCCUCAUUCUAUCCGAGCUUACCUCGCCCCCAGAGGAUAACGUGAAGAACUACACGAACUCCAAGGUCGGAAACUGGUUCCUGUCUGCGGAAUUUGCGCGGCGGUAUGGGGAUCGCCGGAUCGUCAGUGUUGCGUUGAACCCUGGUGCCGCGAAUUCUAACCUUUUGCGAAAUGCGAAGUGGAUGAGGUUCUUUUCGUAUCCAUUGUUGCAUAACCCGGUCCAGGCGGCGUAUACGGAGCUUUACGCGGGGCUUAGUGGGGAUAUCUCAUUGGUCAAUAAUGGUUGCUAUGUGAUUCCAUGGGGAAGGAUCCAUCAAGGUGUGGCGGCAAAUCUGCUGAACGCAAUCAAGGUCAUCGAGGACGGAGGAACAGGGAGGGCCAAGGAAUUUUGGGAGUUCUGUGAGGAGAGAGUCAAGGAUUAUUAUUAAAUCUGAUUAUGUUUUUCUUGAUGAAGCUUAUUUUCCUGCUACAUAGUAUGAACCCAAUAACCUUUCCAUGCGUUGGCAAAGAAUCAUAUCAAUUGACCUCGCAGCUGAAGGUGCGCGAAAUAUUCAGUUUGCGUCUCGGCAUAUU